GUUCUAGCAGUUUCCUUGCUAGCGCUUCGCUUUUGUUAUGUAUGAUUAUCAUCCUUCAAGUAGACCAACAUCCAGUUGCUGGUCUCUGUCCCAGGGUUCUUAACUGGGCACCAGUAUUUAACGCCAAGAGACAAUGGGUCCCAGGAGACCUGGGAGGUCUAAAAGAGAUACAGACUGUACAAUUACAGGGUGAUACAGCAUUGCAACGAAAUAAUUCAAAUGAUGGCAAGUCUCAAGCGUACAAAUUCAAACUUGGAUACAGUUUGGAUGGCAAAUCAGAGUCAGUUUACAAAGAAGUUCCAAAUGAAGAAAAGGUUUUCACUGGUACUUGGCGCUACGACAAACCAGUCACUCAUAAGUUGACAGAUGCGUUUCUUGCACGUUAUGUGAAAAUCAUACCGAUCGAAUGGAAAACUGACGUCGGUGUGAAGUUUGAUGUGAAUGCUUGUUCAAUUACAGGGGAGAGUAAAACAAAAAAUAAUUCGACUAAUCGUUUAGUACUCGAGCAUGGGAACCUUGGAAAGACUCCAUCUAAAAGUCACAUGCGCAAAAAAAGAUCAACCUCCACGACUUCAAGAAAACAAAGAAAAGGUAGAAGAGGCGGCAGAAAGCAUCGCAUCAAGAAACACAACAAGCCGCCAAGACUUGGACGAUGUUCCUUUGUCGGUAUGAACCUACCAAAAAACAAGAUAUCAGCUUCCUCCAGUGCAAAUCAUUUUUCACCAUUCAUGGGAAUAGCUAAUACCGUGCGAAAGGGUGGAGCUUGGAUACCAAGUCCCCUAGACCAGAACCCGUGGAUUCAGAUGGACUUGUCUACUCCCAUGCAAGUGAUUGGCGUAAUUUUGCAAAGUAGUGUCAGUGGAAAAGAAUUCGUCCAGACCUUCAAAUUCGGCUACAGUUUAAAUGGCAUUACAUUUAAUAUGUACAAAGAACGAGGCAACACUGCUAAAGAAUUUUUGGGCAACACAAAAAAGAGGUCCACCAAAAUGAACAUGUUUUAUCCUGGCGUUACUGCAAGAUAUGUUCGUCUUUACCCGUUGGAGUGGACCGAUGCUAUUGCAUUGCGAUUUGAUGUUAUUGCAUGUGAAAUUAAAGAUGGUUCUACCAUAGGACGACUAUCAAAAAGACACAAACGCUUGAAAAGAUCAACUUCGAAAUACAGAUCCAACAGAAGAGAACAAAUAGAUCGAAAAAGGGAAAACAUGGAUAGAAGGAAAGACCGGCGUAAAGAGAGUCGCAAAGUGAAACCUAAAAGCAAACACAAGAUGACAAAAUCUAAAAAAUUUUCAAAGAAACCCUCAACAGCAUUGGAUCGUAAAAACAACAAUGAGCCAAACCUGGGAAUGUGUAGUUUGGUCGGUAUGAAACUACCAAAGAACAGGAUAACAGCGUCCUCUAGUGCAAACCAUUUUUCACCUUAUAUGGGUAUUGCCAAUACCAUACGUGAAAAGGGAGCUUGGAUACCGAGCCAACGAGACAGAAGACCAUGGAUUCAGAUAGACUUGUCUGUUCCUAUGCAAGUUAUAGGGAUAUUGUUACAAAGCAGUGUCAACGGCGAUGAAUUCGUUAAGACCUUCAAGUUCAGCUACAGUUUGGAUAAUUCUACGUUUGAUAUGUAUAGAGAACAAAAUGAUACUGUUAAAGUAUUUUUGGGUAACACAGAAAAGAUGUCCACCAAACUUAACACAUUUUAUCCUGGCGUUACUGCAAGAUAUGUUUGCCUUCAUCCGUUGGAAUGGAAUGAUGCUAUUGCACUGCGAUUUGAUGUUCUUGCUUGUGAAAUCAAAG